AUGAACAAAUUUUUAAUUCUUGUUACUUUAUCGGCAUUAUUUGUUUUUAAAUUAGAUGCCUUAAAAUGUCAUGGUUUGGUAAGAAAUUACAAAAAUUAUACUAAAUUUCACACUGAUAAUGGUGAAGACUGUUCAGGUCUUUCUAAAUAUUGUUUCUUUGUCUCUGGAGUUGUUGAUUCAGUUUCUGGUGUUUAUAUAGCUGGAUGUGAUGAAUUGUUAGCAGAGCCUGAUUUUUCACAAUUACAUCUUAAUUGUUCUCGCAACUCUGAUACGACUAUCAAUACAACACCAAAUAAAUAUGAAUUCAAAUGUUGUCAAGAUGACAUGUGUAAUCUUAGUUAUACAUCAAAAAUAUCAUUAGGAUUCUUUUGUAUCUUAGCAUUAUCUUUUUUUUUUAAAUAUUAA